AUGAACUGCGACAGCUCAGCCGCCACCUCCACUCAGUUCACUAAACAGGAACAGGAAGAAACGCUUUGGUCCAACCCGUCCACUCCCUCCGAUAUAUCCCUACCUCAUACUCCAAUCACAAAAACCGAAGAAGACUACUCUGUAUACCACGUGCCAAGAGGAUAUGAUGUGGUCCUUGUCCCCAAACUAGCAGACCAGACGUCCAUUCCUGAUUCUAACCCAGCAGUAUCCGCGACAGCCGACAGUGGCUUGUCAGACUGUGACUCCUACUCUUCUACUUGUUCGAAACCGCGUAAGGCUGACAAGAACUACAUUCCCCGUCCCAAGAACUGUUUCAUGGCAUACAGAGAGCAUAUAAAAGAAAAGUUCUUAGCUGAGAAUCCCGGUAUGAAUAACAAGGUUGUAUCGGUUCUUGCUGCAAACUUGUGGAACAACGAGCCAGAAGAAGUCAAAGAAUUCUGGAGAGAACGUGCUAAGCAGCUUAAAAUAGAACACAAGCUCAAGUAUCCUGACUACAAAUUCAAGCCUCAAAAGAAGAAACAAAACAUCAAGAGCCCGAACACCCCAAAGUCCGUCAAGACUGUACGCAAGAAGACUGGUUCAGAUUCUGUCAACAUGAUGUAUACUGAUGGCUAUGGCUCAGAAGACAAUAAACUUGUGUAUCCCUUGACAUUGGACGCCGUCAGCGAUGAACAGGAAGAAUACUAUAUACAACAUCUUCACAAGAAGGCUCUGUUCGGACAUUACAGAGCUUCAUCAGUUGAUUCUGUCAGUUCGUGGACGAGUGACUCCACUGCAUCGACGCCUUUACUCUCGCCCUUCGUCGGUUCUCCUGCUUCGCUUUCGCCACCUACAUUUCAUAUGACCAGUCAAUAUGGACGGUCACCAUCAGCUCUUCGUUAUGAAGCUGGCAAGUCAUUGGAUAACUAUAACAACCAAAGUGACUUGUUGUUAUCUUCACAUAACUUGGCCAUGUCACAAUCAAUGUUGGGUGAAGUCGAUCAACUGAACCAUAUGUAUAAUCAACUUGAUGUAAACGCUCAUGCUACUCUGCCAGUCGACGACGGUUUCGUUCUUGAUUCAGCCCCGUACGAGUCAUCUUCAUUGAGAACCGCAAACUUUUUGCAGCAACCACAUUGUUCUUCCUCCCAAACCGAAAUGUCUUCUACUGACUACGAUCUUAUGGCCAUGGGUCAAUAUGGUCUUAUGGAAGAAGCAGAAAACUACGUAGUUGGAUACAACGGUAGCGGAGAUCACUACUUGGUUUACAACAGUCCGUUUGACCUUUCCGCUGCUGAAAACGCUUCCUCCAUCGCCCAGUAUGCAACCUCCGAGCAACGCUUAACCGACUUCCAAGAGGGACUGCGACAACAACAACUCAAACUCCAAGAAUUGAUGAAUUGA